UCUCAUAUAUAAGCCUUGGAGAUUGUUGCAACACUCUCAGUACGACUCUAGUCGCUUUGCCGCUUGGAACAGGCGCGUUUGACGUUGCCGGCCACACGGAGAGGGCGAGAGAGCCUGAAUUAUAUUCACUGAAGAGCCAAAGCAAAUCUGGUAGUCAUGUGGACCAAGUGAAUGCAGUGUUCAGUGACGUAAUAAGUGCAAUUUACCAAAACAUUCGUGACGUUAACAAUACGAAAAACAUGGAUGUCAAAGGCUCGAUUCCAACAAAGGAAUGGCAUAUACCGCGACCAUCGCUGGCGAGUAAUAAUGGAAGCAUCAAUGACACGCGUUCUCGCGGCGACUCCGCCUCCAGCCAAGGCUCAUCAAGUAAUCACAGCACACACAGCGUGUCUUCAGGGUCAUUGUUGUUGAGUGCGGCUAACUUAGCUCGGAUGAACGGCAGAAAUUCAGUGCAAGAAGAAUGCGAGUAUUACCAAAGUCAACAGCAAUCGAUUAAUUUGGUAAGGCAACCGACGAUGUCUAAAACAGUUGUCUCAAUACCCGAGGAACGUGAGGCAACUGACACGUUUUGGUCAGACGUAAAAAGAGGAUCAAUGGCAGAACCAGAUGCGAUGUCGGUCGCUAGCUCAACUCAUUUUACUGUCGUGAAUGGAUUUACGAAGCAACGUCCCAGUAAGGAGCCGAAGUCGUGCUGCUGCGAUCAUUCCCACCAGAUUACGGUCCUCGUUAUAUCGAUGACAAUUUUGUUUUCCGCCUGUAUACUGGCAGCUAUUUGUUUUGUGGAAAUGCGAAUGCGCAGAGAGACUGGUAUGUACAAGUACUCCUAAGAAGAAAAAACAGAAAUUGAAAAAGACAACACAAUAUUAACCCAUACAUUAUUAUAAUAAGCGCGUACUUAUAAAUUCCUUAAUUUUUUAUGUGUAACAAAACUGAAAUAUGAAAUAUAAUAUACGAGUAAAUUAGUAGCAACUUCUUUUUCGAAUAUUGAAUUUGAAUUAUGACAAAAAAAAAAUAUUCUUCAUAUGUAGAAACUUUUUGUAUCGUAAACUGAAUUGCAAUAGACAUAUAUUUAAAUAUUGCAAUUUAAAAUAUGUAAACCAGUACUGCUAGUUAGAUCUGAAGGACUACAGAAGUCGUGGUUACGUCAUAUUUGUGUAACAUAGUUGUGCAUUCCAAAUAUAAAUAUCAAAAUCAGCAUUGCUAUUUAGCUAAUUUUAUUUAUUUUAGGUAGUUUAUAUUAAUUUAAAUCGAAAAAAAAAUCAAAUACGUCUU